AUGAUUGGAGUCGGAAGGAAAAUUCUUCGAAAAUUCGAUGAAUCCACCAAAGACACCUCUGACUUAGUGCUGAAAGUUGAGGACAAAAAAUUCCACGUUUCCAGGAUGUUUCUUGCCGGGCAAUCCCCUGUCUUCUAUACUAUGCUUCUGGGAAGUUUCAAAGAAUCCAAAAAAAACGAAGUUGUUCUCAAAGACACCAGUGCCUCCGAUUUCCAAAUCUUCUUAGAGGCAUUAUACGGCGAACCAUCAAUUGAAGACGAUACCGUGAAUGCCAUUCCAACGCUCGCUGAUAAAUACAACACAAAAACAGUGAGAGCUCAGUGUGAAACGUUUCUCGUGAGAGAUUCGAUAAAAAGCGCCAAAGAGAAGCUGAAAUUAGCAAAACAAUACGAUUUCAAUAGACUGAAGAAUAAAUGCCUUGCUGGAGUCAAGACAAUGAACGAUGUUCGUGAAUGUUUGGCUGGAAAUUUAUCAGAUAUGGAUCAAUCUGUGGUUUCUUUUCUUCUUCAAAAAGCGGUUACCUUUGAUUUAAACUGA